AUGUCAGCUUCGACCAGCAACGAGCCUGGCAUUCCCCGCGGGUCAGAGGCCCGUCUUGUCGUUUUCAAGGGCAUGAUCUUCGUUGAUGGCAAGCUCGAGUGGAUAAACCCCAGGGUUAACGGAGACAGAACCCGAAAACCAGUGCUUGACGAGUAA